AUGAAUAAAAAGAGCUUAGACUUAGGAAACAGAAUGCCAAAAAUAAUAGGCACGAAAUCAUACUUGGUAAAGCAGCUUUUGUCACCUAGACAACAGCCUAAAGUGAAGUUCAAUAUUCCUAGCUUAAAAAAUAUUGGAGUUUCAAGCUACAUACCUAAAAAUAUAAUGAAGCAGGAAAGAAGUAAUCUGCCUGCUGACGUUUUAAAGAGAAUUAUAAGGGUUCAAGCCUUAGCAAGAAGAUAUUUGGUCAGGUGCAGAUUUGUGAAAUAUGCGAUCUAUUAUCAUUCCGUACUGCUGAUACAGUCGGUAUGGAGAGGAUAUAGGACUAGAAAACGGCUGAGACUUAUGAAGAAAAAGCCAUGCCCAGAUUGCAAAAAGGUGCUAAAUAUGAUUUUGCCAGAAUUAAGAUCAAUUAGAAUGGAAAUUGAUCAUAUCGCUGACCAGCAACAGGAGCUUUUAGCGCUGAACCAGAAAUAUGAAAAAGCUUUUAGAUACUUGUUUGAGCAAGUUGCCAAGUUACAAAAUACUUCCACAAAUAACAAAAUUAUUUAA